UGCUUACAGGUUUUCCUCAACGCGGGGCACUUGCACGGCAAGAAAACCUGCCAGUUUCCGGACUCCGAGAACAGGAGUUUGGAAUCACUAAUUUAGCGUGACCGAGGUCAGGCGGAAACUCGGAAUAAAAUUUGAAGCGUUUGAUUUUACUGGUUAUUUUAAGAGAACGCUGUCGAUUGGAACGUGUCUAAAUAUCUGAAUUGACCAUACAAAUCUGUUUAUACCGUUGUGUUAACGCGUAUCCUCAUGAAUCCUACAUAACUGACCACAACAAAAUACGGUCACAUCCGCUGGUUAGGCGAACUGUUGCCGAGUGUGCUUUAAGCGAUAAUUAGGGAAAGCUUGUUAGGUUUAAAGAUCCAUAAAUCACAUGUAGAUUAAAGCUGAUAAUGAUCUGGAGGUGGGAUUUAGGAGAAUUGUACAGGGAAGGGGGAGAUCUGAUUUACGUCAAGACUUAAGCGGUGUGCUCCUUUUAAAAUGUACGCUAUCGGCCAGUAUUAUAUCUCUCAGGGCUUGGGAUUGGAUUGAUAAGCAAAGGCGAUGGAGGUGCUUUACUUUCACAGUGGGUCGCUGGUAUCGCUUUUCCUUGCUCUCUGUGUGUUCUUGGAAGAAAUUUUAGGAUAUCCCGGAGUAUCUACUUCUGCAGCCUCCCCUGAUGACCGCGUCAAGGGCCGGCAGCAGCGGACAGCGGCGGAGCUCUGCAGUGUCCGUCCGGCGGACGCGCUGGCCUGCGGGGAGCCGCAAGUCGGCGAGGCCCGCUGCCGGGCUAAACAGUGCUGCUUCGAUUCCUCCGUGAACCCCAGCUGCUUCUAUAAAAACGACGUCACUGUCGAGUGCACUAGCGACGGAUACGCGGUGGUUGCCGUCAGCAAGGCGGUGACCCAGCCGCCGCUGAGACUGGAGUCGCUCCGUUUGAACGAAGACACCGCCGCACCCUGCAGCUCGCCCGCCUCAAGGACUCCCGGCUUUGUGCUCUUCAGGUUUCCGCUAAGCAGCUGUGGCACAACCACCAAGGAGAUCGAUAACAUGCUAGUCUAUGAGAACCAGAUGUCGGUCUCCAGUCGCACUGCGGUGAUAACCAUGGAUGUUGACUUUCACCUGACCAUUCGGUGCUCUUAUCCGGCAAACAAGUCUUUGUCUGUGAAAGCUGAAGUUCAGUCUCCGACGCUCCCUCCGUCUUUAACGGCGUACGGCCCGCUUCACCUGGAGCUCCGAAUAGCGAAAGAUGAGAGCUACAGCUCCUAUCACCCCAGCAGUGAGGACUUGGUGACUCUAGAGCUACAGCAGCCUGUGCCUGUGGAGGUGCGCAUGGUGGGGAGGACUGACCCCAACAUCCACCUCAUCUUGGACGACUGCUGGGCCACAGCCACUCCCAGCCCCUUCAGCAACCCCCACUGGAACCUCCUGAUUGAUGGGUGUCCUCCAAAUGAGGACCUUAAUUCAACUAAGCUGAUUCCUGUCGCCGUCUCUCAAGAGCUUCGAUACCCCGGCCACUACAAACGCUUUCAGACCAAGAUGUUUGCCUUCCUGGAUCCAGCUGAAAAUAAAGCACUGAAUGAUCUGAUCUACUUCCAUUGUACUGCGACAGCCUGCCAGCCCUCGGACUUGGUCCAGUGCAAUGUGAGCUGCAGUCCAGGAGCAGAAAAAUCCCUCAAUUGGUCAAAUAUGACCUUAUUGCUGGUGAAUGGUGGUCCAGUUCAUCUCCAUGCUGCAUUGAAUUAGCACAGGUUUCUACAAUCCUCUGAUUUCUUAGGAUUUCCCUGAUUGUGAUUCAAUGAAAACUGUCGGGAUCUUAAUAAAGAGCCUUCUGAAGGAA